UUAAUUUAGAAACAUAAUGGGUCAGAGUUUCAAUAACAGGCCUAAAAGUACAAAAUAAAAGCCCAUGUCAUCUCAUAGGCCCAUUUUCUUAAUAACGUUCUUGGCUUAAACCCUAACGAACAAGAAAAAUCAAUUUGGGAAACUCAAUGUCUCUUCUCCGGCGACGAUUCGUGAAACAAUCAGUUAAUUGCAUAACAUUCCUUCAAAUCCUCGCCGAGCGAUCCUUCUCCACCGUGAAGAUUCCUCCAGGUCGUCGCAAAACCACCGAAUUCGACAAACUUAUCAACGAAGCUGGCAGCUCCGGCGAUUUCGAGACCGUACGCCGUCUCCUAAACAACCGUAUAGUUCUCGGAUCUUUCAACACGAGCGACACAUUCAAAUUCCUCACCAACACCGCUUCAUACUCCUCCUAUUUAGAAGAUCUCCGCCGCGUUUUGCCUCAGAUCGACGGCGGUUUCUCGCGGAAAAACGCUUACGACAUUUUAAUCUCUCGUCUCUGUAAGCUCGGACGCAUCGACGACGCUUUAAUCGUUAUCGGAGACAUGUCUAACGGGAGAUUAGGCUUAACGCCGUCGACAUAUCACCCGAUCUUGUGCUCGCUCACGAGGAAGUACAAAAUCGAAGAAGCUUGGAGAGUUGUUGAAUCGAUGAGAUCCAAAUCGGUUUCGAUGGAUGUGACGGCGUACAAUUACUUCCUUACUUCGCAUUGUUACGACGGCGAAUUGGAAUCGGCUAGCGAGGUGAUGCGUAAGAUUGAAGAAGACGGGAAUUCGCCGGAUUCGCGUAGCUACGACGCGCUUGUGCUCGGCGCGUGUAGGGCGGGUAAAGUGGAAGCGGCGAUGGCGAUAUUGAGGAGGAUGGAGGAGGAUGGUGUGACUGUGUUGUACUCGACGCAUGCGCACGUUAUAACGGGGUUAGUGGAGGGAGGCUAUUAUGCGCUGGGUUUGGAGUUUGUGAUGGCUUACGCCGGAAAAGAUUUGAGGUUGGAUAGUGAGAGUUUUGGUUUUUUGGCUGGUAAGCUUGUGAAGAGGAAGAGGUAUGAAGAAGCGAUGAUUGUUGUGAAAGAGAUGGUUAUGAGAGGAUUGAGAAUGGGUGAUGAAUUGAGACAAUUCUAUGAAGGAAAUGUGAGAUACGAUGAUGAUGAUGAAGAUAGCUUAGUACAAUCAGAGAGAGAGUGUUACAUUGAGCAGAAGCUUAAUUGAUUGCAGCUCAAGCUUAAAGAUUUGUAUUGUGGUGCAGAGAAACAGAGCUUAAUUGGAUCCAUAAGCUCUUGUUUGAUAGGGUUUAAAUCAUGGAACAAGAAGAUGUGAAUGUGAAUAUAUCGAAACUCUGCAUUUGUUGUAUCUGCUUUGUUUGUGGCAUUGUUGGAUUCAGUUUGAAGCAUACAUGAGCUACUUUAGUCUAAAGUUAUCGUCGGGUUUUCUUGAGAUGUUGAAUUGAGCAGAAGGAAUGAAGGAAGCUCUCUACAGGAGAAAUUAUUACCUUUGUGCUAUUUUUAAUAAUCAAAUGAAAACGUGCUCUUACAAAACCAAAAGACACAUUUAACAUCUUAAACCAUGUUACUUAACUAAUAUACCUCUUGAGAUUUGAAAUGAUUGGAUCAUAUAAUCAUAG